AUGUCCCUGAUAGCUGAUGUACUUUUGUAGGUGUGCAGUGCAAUCCAGAAUCAAGAUUUCACUGUUAUUGAUGACUACUGCACUGGACUGCGAGCUCUGCUUUACCUGAAAACCAUUGAGGAACUUGAAGACUGGAAUGGACAGAGUCCUGCAACCAUGCGUCAUCAGAAAGGAAAACCGGUGCCUACCAUUGCUGAUCUGGUGGGAAAGAAACUACCUAGUUUUGGGCCUUACCUGGAACAACGCAAAAAGAUAAUAGCUGAGAACAAGAUUAAACUGAAGGAACAGAGCAUGGCUACUGUGCUUCCGGAGAAGAAGCAUUUCAUUCCAAAGAAGCCCAUUCCAGCAAUCAAGGAUUUAAUUGGAAAAGCACUGCAGUAUAUUGGAACAUAUGGUGAGCUCUGCAACACAGAGCAAGUUGUGGCUCUGAUUGAUGAGGAAAUGUGUAUCAACUGUGGCAAAUGUUACAUGACCUGUAAUGAUUCUGGCUACCAGGCUAUCCAGUUUGAUCCCAAAACCCACCUGCCCACAGUUACUGACAGCUGUACAGGCUGCACCCUGUGUCUCAGUGUCUGCCCUGUUAUCGACUGCAUCCACAUGGUUUCCAGGACAACACCCUAUGAACCAAAGCGCGGGCUGCCCUUAGCCAUGAACCCUGUGUAUUGA